CUGCGCCGCUCUCCUGCGCACUCGGCAGUGCGCAUGCACGGAAACGGACGAGCUGCACACCGGGAGGUGUAGUUUUUUCUAUGUAGAUUUAAGGAUCUGGUUUUAAAUCGUAUUUGGGUUCUUCGGGUUGGUGUGAGUUGUAGUUCAAAUAAGAACUUACAGACUUACCAGAAACAGGAGUAUUUAAAUUAACCACCACAACCGGCUCACCUCGUUUUUAUCAACAUAUUGUGGGACUCAGUUGCAAAUACAGAGCAAAUAUAAAGUACAACUACGGACAACUAAAUAACAAACGUGAAGGUUAAUUUAUAGCGUAAAUACUGAUUUGUAUUUAUAUGCACAAAGAACAAACACAGAUUGAGUCGAUACACAAGUUGCCUUUUUUAGUUUCACAUUCAGGGUUUAAAGCAAAAUCAAGAAGCAAAAAUAAACGUUUAAAAAUCUUAGAUGAAACCAACAAAUACAGACACAUUUAUAGCAUUUAAUAAAAUAACCUUUUCCCAUCUCACAAGACAUAAUAAUCGCAUAACAGAACGCGAACACGUUGUUUACAACAAAACGCAGCCAAAUAUAGCGGCCGCACGCACGCACAGGCACGCGUGUCGUGGGGGGCGUGGUCUGCCAGUGCUGACGGUCCCGUCCCCGCAGCCUCCGCGGGACAGCGGGGACAGAGGGACAGAGGGACAGAGCGGCAUCGGGCGAUGUGUCCGAGCAGCAGCAGCAGCAGCAGCAGCGUGGCUUUUCCUUCCCGACGUCCCGAACACCUGCCGGACGCACCGAGGAGCGCGCCGCCGCCCGCUGAAGGCGCAUUUCACGCCUUUUAUUUCCACAAACUUUUGCUCAGGACUUUAGUUGAGGGUGUUUCCCGUCCCGUCCCCCGCCCUCCAGCUGCUCGCGAGCCCGUAAUUGGAGACGUCACCUUGCUCGCGGGAUGCAGCGCGAGCGCCUGCUGAAGGUCCUGGUCAUCGGGGAUCUGGGCGUCGGCAAAACGUCGCUCAUCAAGCGCUACGUGCACCGGGUCUUCUCCCAGCACUACCGCGCCACCAUCGGGGUGGACUUCGCCCUGAAGAUGCUCAGCUGGGACCAGAAGACGGUGGUGCGUCUGCAGCUGUGGGACAUCGCCGGCCAGGAGCGCUACGGCAACAUGACCCGCGUGUACUACAGGGAGGCGGUGGGGGCCCUCGUGGUCUUCGACAUGACCAGACUGUCCACGUUCCAGGCCGUCCUCAAGUGGAAAGAAGACCUGGACUCGAAGGUCGCCCUUAGCAACGGGACGCCGGUUCCAGCCGUGCUAUUGGCCAACAAGUGCGACCAGCGGAGUCACGGCUUGUGCCCCAAGCUGCCCAAGCUGGAGAACUUCUCCAGACAGUGCGGCUUCGUCGGCUGGUACGAAACCUCCGCCAAGGACGACACCAACAUCGAUGCCGCCGUCACGUGCCUGGUGGAGAGCAUCAUGGCCGCGGAGGAUGAGAGAGCCACCGCCGCCAGGGACGAACCGGAGGGCGGCGUUCUGGUCCUGCCUCGCUUGGACUGCGACGCCAAGGAGAAGGAGCGCCGCGGUUGUUCGGGAUGCGCCUCGCUCCGACCCCGAGACGGGGACAACGAGUGACGGGCGGGUCCGAAACCCGGGGAGACGAGGGUGGACGGACGUUUUCAGUCCCACCUCCACCUGAUCGCAGAUGAGUCAUGCUCUUGGAGAGCUGAGGUGGAGGAGCAGAGGAUGGACUCAAUGAUCUCAACGAUGGCCGCGUAGAAGGGCGCCAUCACUGUCUUUGACAGGAUGGAUUUCAGCGUGUCUCUUAAAAAGGAUGAGGUCACCGCACGCCAAUUAGAACGUACUUCAGCAAAGCUCUUCUUCAGACCUCACAAUAGAAAGAGAAGGUCGGAAAAUCAGCCGAUCACAGUUUAAAACUCUUCAAUCAAUAUUUACAGUUGAAUAAUCCAUUCAACAUCAAGUUCAACCGGGUUCCUCUGUGAUGUGACACUGGGGACCUUCACCGGCCUGAAUCAUUUCGUUCUUUUUUUGGGAGACAAAACUAUUUUAAAUGUAAAUAAAUUAUUUGGUAUCUUAAUUACACGUUUAUAAUUAUGUUAAAAUAGGCUUGUUGAAGGAAAACAGCUGAUUACUAACUUGCCAACUGCAGUAAACAAGCAUAGAAGUGAA